GAGAUCCCAAUGAUAGUUAUUACGCCCCGUCAAUUCUCAGGUUCGUCUAUAAAAAUGAGCUGCACUCCAACACCCAAGCUCAGUUCGAUUUUUGCAAAUUUUUCAAUCGGAUUCACUAUGACGUCCUGGAAGUUCAGCCUACUUGUGGCACUGCUCAUCCUAACCGAAUUUAUUCCUUCAAAUCAAGCACUAGAGAUCAACCCGAUGAUCUUAAAGCAAGUGAAGAAGCUGCGUUUGCGAUGUGUAAAUCAAACAGGUGUCUCCGUAGAAAUAAUGGAGAAGUCCGUAAGGGAUCAGAUGUUUCCCUAUAAUGAGAAAUUGAACUGCUUUUUACACUGCAUGUUUGACAUGUUUGGACUGAUUGACACCCAGAAUGUAAUGCACUUGGAGUCGCUAAAGGAGGUCCUGCCGGAGGAAAUACACGACACGAUCAACGGUCUAGUCAGCUCCUGCGGCACCAAGAAGGGCAAAGAUGGCUGUGAAACUGCUUAUGAAACAGUCAAGUGCUAUAUCGAUGUCAAUAGUCGGUUUAUAUGGCGUGAGGUUAUAGUGCUGCUUGGGUAACUAGCCCAAAACUCACCUGAAGACAUCUCGAUUCACGAUUCCCAGGAUAAGCAGACAGCGCAACAGACGCAAUGCCUCGAUCUGAACACGCACCAUGGGGCCCUGCCAAAGCGAUUCACAUUCACAAUAAAUUGAGAACCUUUCAUAUAUAAUAAAUACACCUAAACAAA